AUGAAGAUACAAUCGCUUGCAGUUCUGUUUAAUGUCGCAACAACGGCAUGGUCACUUCCAUACGGAUCUUUAAAGGUUCUGCAGGUGGGAGAAAAUGAAGUAAUAGAAGUUCCUGAAUCAGAAAAAGUGAACCUUUUGAGGAGAGGUAUCAAAUUCUUCGAUGUGACCAAACACACUUCCUCUUUACCCUUCUUUAAGAAGGAGAAGGAGCCGACAGUACCAGUGUAUACUUAUCCGACUGAGGUAUCGAACAAAGAAGUCGUUGACGGCCUAAUUACGGAUAUAGAUAAGGACUCUAUGUACAAGAACCUGGCAAAGUUCACUAGUUUCUACACUCGCUACUACAAAUCCGAAUGUGGUUUUGAAUCCGCCCAAUGGUUAGCUGCAACUAUAGCUAAUAUCACGCAGGAUGUUCCGCAAGAUAUAUUAACCAUUGAACAUUUUGAUCACAAAGAAUGGAAGCAAUAUUCUAUUAUAGUUCGGAUUGCUGGAUCCAUGACUCCGGAAGAUAUUAUAGUAAUUGGUUCUCAUCAAGAUUCUAUCAAUCUGUUACUGCCAUCCAUAAUGGCAGCUCCAGGUGCGGAUGAUAAUGGCUCGGGCACGAUAACCAGUUUAGAAGCUCUAAGAUUGUAUACAGAAGACUACUUGAAGGCGGGACUUAGACCUAAUAACACAGUUGAAUUUCAUUUCUAUUCCGCUGAAGAGGGUGGAUUGUUGGGUUCUCUUGAUAUAUUUACAGAGUAUUCAAAACAAGGAAAACAAGUGAGAGCAAUGCUGCAACAGGACAUGACAGGGUAUGUAUCUGAUCCGGAAGAUGAACAUGUGGGAAUUGUGACCGACUACACUAGUCCCGCAUUGACUAAUUUUAUUAAACUGAUUAUUGAGUCUUACUUGUUGAUUCCCUACAGAGAUACAGAAUGUGGCUAUGCUUGUAGUGACCAUGGCAGUGCCACUAGAAACGGAUUCCCAGGUUCCUUCGUAAUUGAAAGCGAGUUCAAAAAAACAAAUAAAUAUAUUCACAGCACCAUGGAUACUUUAGAUAGAUUAAGUUUCGAUCAUAUGGCGGAGCACGCAAAAAUUGUAUUGGGAGCAAUUGUUGAACUCGGCUCUUGGUCUGCCUGGUGA